AUGCUUCACAAACACUCUGAGAAAUACCGUAACCCGCGGCUGCUUGUGCACAGAUCCAAGACUGCGGAGCUGGAGCUCCCUGAGACGAAGCUUCUCUCGACGCAGUUUCAAACACUCACCAAUGACAAGACAACCCCGACGUCUACUUCGAUCCAGGAGACGAAGCAGCUCGGCCAGCGGUACACUAUCCCGGAGCACGGAAUCAAGGAGGACGUUGCGUACAGUUUGAUCCACAACGAGCUGACGCUGGACGGGAACCCGCACUUGAACUUGGCGAGUUUCGUCAACACGGCGACCACAGACAUCGCGAAGAAGCUAGUGAUGGAAAACAUCAACAAGAACCUCGCUGACAACGACGAGUACCCGCAGCUGAUCGAAUUGACGCAGCGGUGUGUCUCGAUCCUUGCCCAGCUGUGGUGCUGCUCGAAGGGGGACACCCCUAUAGGGUGCAGCACGACGGGGUCCUCCGAGGCAGUGAUGUUGGGAGGGCUCACGAUGAAGAAACGGUGGGAGCACAAGAUGAGGGCGCAGGGCCGCGACUGUUCCAAACCCAACAUUAUCAUGUCUUCCGCGUGCCAGGUCGCUCUGGAGAAGUUCGCGCGGUACUUCGACGUCGAAUGCAGACUGGUCCCCGUGAGCGCAGCUACGCAUUUCUGCAUGGACCCGAAGCUUCUGCACGAGUACGUCGACGAGAACACCAUCGGACUUUUCGUGAUCAUGGGGACCACGUACACGGGCCACCUGGAGGACAUCUCUGAGAUAUGCCGGACUUUGGAGGAGAUCGAGUCCCGGAACCCGCAGUGGGGGAACCUGGAGAUCCCGAUCCACGUCGACGGUGCCUCUGGCGGGUUUAUCCUGCCCUUCGGCUACGAUGCGGAACACCUAAGCAAGCUGAACGGGCUGGACCAGUGGUGCUUCAACAACCCGCGUGUGCUGAGCAUCAACACGAGCAGCCACAAGUUCGGGUUAACGACGCCCGGUCUAGGGUGGGUCCUUUGGCGGGACGAAUCUUUGCUCCCCGCGGAGCUGCGGUUCCGGUUGAAGUACCUUGGUGGUGUAGAGGAGACCUUUGGGCUGAACUUCUCGAGGCCCGGGUUCCAAGUGGUGCACCAGUACUUCAACUUCAUGUCACUCGGGUUCACCGGGUUCCGGGAACGGUUCAGGAAAUCGCUUUUCGUCGCGCGGGCGUUCUCGUACGCGCUGUUGAAGAGCGAGAAGUUGCGGGACAGCAUCGAGAUCGUCAGUUCCGUGCACGAGAGGAUCGCGGACGGCGGCGUCCCGCAGAACGUGAACGAGUACAUCUCCCAAUUCGAUGCCUUCAAAGCGGGGAUCCCGCUCGUUGCCUUCAAGUUAUCCCGGAAAUUCCAAGAGAAGUACCCUGACAUUCCGCAGGUGAUUGUGUCGAGUAUGUUGCGCACCCGCGGGUGGAUCAUCCCGAACUACCCGCUACCGCGAUCCACCGACGGUUCCGAGAAGUGGGAGGUGCUCCGGGUCGUGUUCCGGUCCGAGAUGCAGCUGGACCUCGCCCAGCUGCUGCUGUUCGACAUCGAGACCGUCAUCGCGCGGCUAGUGCGCUCCUACGAAAAGGUGCUCCGCCACCUAGCCGCCGAGCAGACCGAGGAGGAGCGCCGCGCGUUCAUCUACGAGAUGUUGCUCACGCUGGCGUCCCCUGGCGGCCCAGACGCCGCCGCCUCGGACGACGAGGACGCCGAGAACGCCGAGGCCGCUGCACGUGCAAGAGAGAAACGUGCACACCUCGCAGAGCGCACCUCAAGAAACUACAGGGGCACCUGUUGA